AUGGGAUCAUACAGUGUAUCGUCGCGACAGCACAGCUCCAGGACGGGAGGAAGUUCGAGCUCCACAUACAGUGAUGCCUCGGAUCGUUCGAAAAGCACGGCCCCUACGAUCUACAGCGAGCGGCCCACAUCGAAGCGGAGAGAAGCCAUGGACCCGAAAGAUUCGGUAUCAACCUACGCCUCGACCAACCACGAUGACGAAAAGCCGAAGAAACCGCGCUAUGAGGUGAUUGACCGGGGAGCCGAGACGGAUUUCUUCCCCUCGGAUGCGAUCCCCUCGAAUUCCUCCACCUUUGGGAAAUUAUUCCCAUCUUCGCGACGGCUUCUGAUCGGCCAUGAUGAUACGACGCUCGACGGGAACAUGAACCUCCGCGUGCACACCCUGGCCCCGCGGAGGGACGGCUAUCAGCAGCCCGUCAUACUGUUCCACCUCCGCAUGUAUGACCUGUACACGCGAGAGUUCUCCUUCCGCCGUUACUGCCGCAAUUCCGAGCGCGAGGUGUGUCAUUCCGAGAGGAGACGGAUAUCGUCCGGCGGCCCGAACAAGCGGCCGGGGUUCCAACGAUCAUUGAGUAAUGCGUUAGCCGGCUUGCGCCCGGGCUCGAGUGGCGAUCAUUCGACGCAUAGCGCGAAGCAGAAGCGUCGGGAUCUGGCUCCUAGGUCGGUGAAGGAUGAGGACGAGGACUUAGACGUUCAGGAAAGCCACAAUCAACCUCUGGCUGACGCGGUCAUGCUGGAAUUCUCGAAUUACGCCCACGUGGAGAUCAAAAGACGGGGUGCCGGAAUGUCCAAACGGUAUGACUUUGAAUAUUGGUGUACCAGAUACCAGUGGAAACGAGAACAUCGGAAGGAUGGAGACCUGCAGGAGGUAGCUUUCCAUCUGAUAGACCUGCGGACGUCCAAGACGAUUGCUCAUCUUAUUCCGGAGAUUCUGACUCCCAUGGAAGCCGCCGAGGAGCAGGCUAAGGGUGGCUGGGUUCCCCCAUCCUCCAUGUGGAUCAACGAAGAGUCUGUAUAUGAAAAGAUGCCAGAUGUUGCCGACAUGAUCGUGGCCACGGGGUUAAUGGUCUUGGUUGAUGACUCCAUCCGUCGCCGGUGGCAUUCGAGGAAACAUAGCCAGCUCAUGUUACCCAUGCGCUCAUCACUCACGAGGAGUAUGGAGUUCAUGGGUUCACGACGAUUUCUUGGUGAAGUGUUCCACCGACGAGGCUCAGCAUGA